AAUUCUAGCAGACGAUCAAGGAAACUGGUACCCGCAAGUUGUAACCAAGAAUAUCUCAUUAACCGCCACACGAAACAAGGAGCAACGCAUAUCAAUUUAAAGUCUCGUUUCCUAAUUCUGUAUUCAAUAUAAAGACGGUUGGGACAAUGAAACGUUUAGCACGACCCGUUUUGAACGAUUUCCGCAGGAGGAGUCUUCGGCAUUCUUCCAAGGCAACUGCAGAAGAGGAGACCGAUGUCACAGAAUGUCCAAUGCACGACAACCGCGCUUCCUCCCACGCCGCCGGAUGCCCGGUGAGACAUGACAAUCAUGAUCCGGAGAAUACUCGCGUACCGAGCCACAACCAACCGAUCAAAGACUUCACCGAUAUCCCCGGCCCAAAAGGCCUACCUAUUCUUGGGUCGGCACUAGACUUUAUGGUUUCUACGAGACAUAAAAUACUGGAGAGGAACCGUGCGCAAUAUGGUCCUAUCUUUCGUGAAAAAGUUGGUCCGAUGCAAUCAGUAAAUCUUUGUGACCCUCAAGAUGUUCGAGAAAUGUACAGAAAGGAAGGCUCCUUCCCUCACAGACUGGAGGUGCCCCCGUGGAAACUUUACAGAGAAUUGAAGGGACUUCCUUUUGGAAUUGUCAUGGGAAAUGGCCCAGAAUGGCAACAUGCCCGUAGCGCAGUCAACAAACCCAUGAUGCGACCAAAAACAUUACUGAAGUACGUCGACGAACUGAGUCAAAUAGCGGACGACCUUGUUGAGAGAGCCCGAAGGCGGCGGAGAGGCAAUACCAUGGUUACCUUAGAUCAAGAGUUAUUUCGGUGGUCCAUCGAAUCGGUUGGCCAAGUGAUGUUCGAAACGAGGUUGGGAUGCCUUGCUUCCGAAGAUAAACCAGAGAUAGCCGAGUUCAUCAGAAGUGUUAAGACAAUUCUCUCUCCAACAAAGCUCCUCUUCGUUAAUGCGCGGAUAGCACGGACACUCGGAUUGCCAAGCUGGACCAAACACGAGCAGGCCUGGGACAAUAUCUACGCAAUAGGAAAGCAAAUGGUUGAGAAACGUACUAAAGAGAUUUCGGCCGAGACCAAAAAUGGCGUCGAAGUUGAAGGUGUUCUGACGAGUUUGUUACGGAACAAGUUUAGUGAAGACCCCAUGGAACUGAAUACACUCGUGACCGACCUGUUUCUUGGGGCAGUUGAUACGUCCCCCAACACGAUGCAAUUCGCGUUGCUGUUACUUGCCAACCAUCCUGAGAAGCAGCAGCAACUUCGAGAAGAGGUGGAUUCGGUGGUGCCCGCUGGUCAACCCAUCACCGAGGAGCACCUCCAAUCGUUACCCUAUCUGAAAGCUGUGUUCAAGGAGACACUGCGCAUGUACCCGACUGUGCCGGUCUAUGGCAAGGUGACAGAGGAAGAGCUGGAGAUCGGUGGAUACAGAAUACCAGCAAAAACGAUGAUCAACGUAGUAUGCUGCGCCAUGGGUCGGGAUCCAAACCUGUUCGAGGAGCCAGAGGCAUUCAAGCCAGAAAGAUGGCUGAAGGAAAACCGAGAGGAGAUCCACCCAUUUUCAAGUCUUCCUUUCGGACAUGGCAGGCGAUCAUGCGUUGGGAGAAGAAUAGCUGAACUGCAGAUGUACUUGCUGAUGACAAAGCUCAUGCAAUCAUUUGAGAUUGAACAAGUAGCUGACAGGCCGAUAGAAGCCAAGGUAAAACUGCUGAUGUUUCCCAAGACGCCACCACGACUCAACUUCAUCGAGAGGAAUGCAACCAGCUGAACGUGGAGAAAGGCCGGCCUGAAGUACUGUGAUUGCGUGCUUCCGCUUCGUGUCAAACUAUCGUAGUUCACAAAACCGGUGUAAACUGCCGAAGAAAGAAAUAGGAUCAGGAACCGUGUUCUAGUCACAAAGACGAAUUCCACCCUUCUUGCACUUGAACAAGGAACGGCUCAGCAACACGAGACUGUCUCCUCAAAACACACUCAUAUCGCAAGGUACCAGUGUAGUGAUGCCAGGGGAAUAUCUCGAAACCAACAACCAAACAUUUUCUCAGAUUAUGUGGAGCAGAAUGUGGAGAGCAAACGGCAAUAUACUCCCGCAUUAAAAACGGACGGGCAUGAUUAUGAUAAUAGUAAUAACAAUAACAAUAAUGAUAAUGAAAUUGAAUAUAAUUUAUUAUAAUAAUGAGAUAGGACCUUUUGGCCACCUUACAUCAAAUGGCGGUCAAUUUCAUAUUCAUCCAAUGUGUAGUUCAUAAUAACUCACUCGUCAUCCCGCUCGUCAUGAGGCAAAUGCUGGAUAUGUAGACAGAGUGAUUUCGCCGUUGACAUUGUCAUUGCAUCCAGGGAUCACUAUUCACCAAAGACACAUCAUUUGUGAUGUAAUUAGGAGCAUUACUGUCGCAUUCUUGCUAUACAUGUAGCCACUUGUAAUGUUUUA